UGACCAUAACUACACUACGUGGCAAAAAAGAAAAGAAACCCUAACCAAACUACAUUUGAAACUCUAUAUAUAUGGAGUCUUGGAGAUGUAGCUCUUGCUCAAUUCAUCACUUACGUUUUUAAAAUUUCAUAUAUACAACAAGGGAAAAAGGUUUCUCGAUAUAUAGGAUUAUAAAUGGAGAACAAGUUUUUCACUGCCUUCUUCUUGCUUCUCGUCCUCAUCUCAUGUCAGGGGAUCAUUGGGAGUGAUGGAAGGACAUGUCAGUCAAAGAGCCACCACUUCAAAUACAUGUGUACCUCCAGCCACAACUGUGCCAUAGUCUGCCGUAACGAGGGCUUUUCCGGUGGUCGGUGCCAUGGCUUCCAUCGCCGUUGCUACUGCACCCGCCUUUGCUAACUAGUUCAUUUUUUUAUCAAUCCAUUUUAAAUGUACUUUUUCUUUCAUUUUUCCCAUUUCGAAUACUAAUAAAGUUCAUCGUUUGUUUUUUUUUUUUUGACGUCUAUCGUCUGGUUAAUCUAGAGGAACAAAUGAGAUAUAUAGUGAGAAAAUCUUACGCUGAAUCUGAAACAAGCAAUUUAUUAGACA